CAGGUGGUUAUCUUCGUGAAGUCGGUACAGCGCUGUGGCGCGCUCCACCAGCUUCUUUCUGAACAGAAUUUCCCUUCUAUAGCCAUUCAUAGGCAGAUGCCACAGGAAGAGCGUCUUGCACGUUAUCAAGCCUUCAAGGAUUUCCAGAAACGUAUUUUGGUCGCGACUGAUUUGUUCGGAAGAGGGAUGGACAUUGAAAGAGUUAACAUCGUUUUCAACUAUGAUAUGCCCGAGGAUUCAGACUCUUACCUUCAUAGGGUAGCUCGAGCGGGUCGAUUCGGAACCAAAGGACUUGCCAUUAGUUUCGUGUCGGACGAGGCUGACGCGAAAACUCUUAACAGUGUGCAGGAUAGGUUCGACAUCAGCAUUACGGAGCUGCCAGAAACAAUUGAUGUUUCUACCUAUAUCGAGGGCAGAACGAACUAA